CUUAUGCAGCAAUGGUAUAUAUUACAGUCAACAAGUCUAGAGACUUACAAGUUAGCGAGCAAAAGCAGGAUUGCCAGACUGGGCAGUUUUUGCAGGCACAACUGCUUUAGGUGGAUGAACAUAAUUUGGGCAGGUUUGCGAGAUUGUAGUUCAUGGUUGAAAUAUGUUUCAAGCAGGGAAGUACGGUCUGGGGAGAGGCAGGUGACAGGCAGUGCUUCACCUGCAAGAAUGAAGAAGGCUGGAAAAUAACCAUGCUUUUUGUGAUAUUUCAAAAAUAAUACACAUUUUUGGGAGCAUUUUUACUGUUUGUGUUGUGCAAAAUUUCCUUUUAAUACACAAUUAGAAAAACAAAAAGUACUCUAUGGACUUAUCUUCGGUGAUGUUUGAUUUAGUUCCAAAUAUUUUAUUUAAUACUUGGAAACUCCAUUACAUUUCACAAAAACAUUUGCUUGUAUUUUACCUCACCUAAAUUAAUGAAAAGUAAAAAUACAAGAACAAUUUUAACUUUGGUGCUGGAGGACAGAUAAAACGGAAAGAACAAGAAGAAAAUACUUUUUUUUAAACUGUUUCUUUUGCCCUCUUCAGUAAAACCUGGCAAAUUAAAUAAAAGAAAAUCAUCAUUUGUUCAUUCUAGGAAGUGGGGGAUUAACUAAUUAGUUUGUUUAAUAAAUGUACAUUUUUUCCAAGUAAAAAUGUAUGUAAUGUAAAAUACAUUUCUUUAACAUUUGAAUGUGAUUUCAGUUUUUCAAUCAUCAAAACAUUUGGAUUCUUGACUCUGAUGUUGUCUAAAAGUGUAUCAGUCAGGAAGUUAUUUAACGUUUUACCCUAUUGAUAAGAAGAAGAAGAAAAUAAUAAAUAAAAUAAAAGGAAUUCUACCACUGCAGAGGGCCCCAUGUUAUUGUUCGCCGGGGUCCCUAAAUGUCAGGAUCGUUGGGGAAACAAUAUGCAGGACGCAGAAUGCUCAGAAUCAAAAGGUUCCUUUUAUUUGGGAACUAAAUAGGAAAAAACUUAAAAUACUGCCUGAAGCUCGUAGCUCUGAAACACAAACCAAUCCAGCAACACAUAUAAGGAAGAUGCAGAUUAUAAAACAGGAGGAGUGAUUAACCAACAACAAACCAGUGCACACAACAGGGAGAACAGGUGAUGACACUGAGGGAGAAUUACACUGGGAGGGAGAAGUCAAGACACCUGUAAUAAGAGGACAACAGGAAGUUAUAAAAAACAAAACAAAAUAAAAGCAUAAAAACCCAUCCUGGCCCCGAUACCUUACAAGACCCCUCCCUCAAGGGGCGCCUCAGGGCGCACCGCCCGGCUUGUCCGGAUUUCGCUUAUGAAAGUCCCGAAUGAGAGUCUUAGCCAGAAUCCAGGAGGAUCCCUCCCAGUGCGCUAGGUACUGAAGACCCCUCCCUCUCCGCCUCUCGUCCAGCAGGCGAUGCACAUCAUAGACCAUGAAUGAGACGAGGAGGAGGUGGUGGAGGGGGAGACUGUUGGACUUGUGACAUGAGGUGUAAGCUGAGACACGUGGAAAACCGGGUGGAUGCGCAGAGUCCCCAGUAAAUGUAAUUUCACUGACACAGGGUUGAUGACCUCUAUCACCUCAAAAGGGCCAAUGUACUUAGGUGGGAGCUUCCUUGACUCAGUCCAGAGCUUUAUGUUGGCUGUUGAUAGCAUAACGGACUGACCUGGCGAUUAAGUGGGUGCUGGAGCACGGUGUCAAUCAGCCAGACUCUUUUUUUGUUGCAGAUGAGCAAAGCAGGGCAGCACGAGCCUCCCUCCAGAUGCGUCUGCAGCGCCGAUAAAGGUGUUGGACCAAUUGAACUAGCCGAGGAAACACUCAAAAGGGAACAUACCUGGAGCUGAUGAGGUCAUCAAGUUAUGGGCAUACUCAACCCAAGGAAGCAGGGAGCUCCAGGAAGUCUGGCAGCGAGAACAGACGCACCGGAGGGCCACCUCUAGGUCCUGGUUGGUUCUCUCAGCCUGACCAUUAGACUGGGGGUGGAAGCCCGAGGAGAGGCUGGCGGUGGCACUAAAAGCUGCACAGAAGGCCUUCCACACCUGAAAGAUAAACUGUGGACCCCAAUCUGAAACCAUGCAACAAUGCCAUGCAACUUGAAUACAUGGAUCAUUAUUAAUUUGGCAGUCUCUGCAGCAGAAGGCAGUUUGUUCAACCGGCAACGUAGGAAAGAGAUGGUUCUGCGGACUACCGGAUGGCAGGUCAAAUGGGAUGCAUGAGCCCACUGGAGGACCUGACUCCCUGUGACCCUUGGCACAAAAGUCUCUCAGGAGGGCCCCCUCCAGGGUCUUGCUCCUGGUUCUGUGCAGCCCUGAUGUCCCUUUCCAGCUGCCAAGAAAGAUCUACCAGAACACAGGAGGCAGGUAUUACAGUCACAGGCUGCUGGUAACCCACAACUGGUUCUGCCGGUGAGGUGGGAAAUCAUGAAGGCCACUCUGGAGCAGUGGGGUAGUUGACAGCCUGCAACUCGAAGCAGAGGUCACACUGGGUGAUGAACGGCUGACAGUGACCAGAGUCACCAGAAAAUCUCUCUGGUCGGGCCAGCUGGGCAGCGGGAGCGAGGGAAGUCUGCACUGGAGUGGAAGAAGAAGGAUGAAAGAAGAAGGAUGCAGUGGGAGGGAUGAUGGUGGAGGCUACUGGAUCUGCUCCGCUAGCAGCUCAGUCUGCUCCCAGACUGCGGCCAGCUGUUGCUCAUGGCGAGUUGACAUCUACAGCAAACCUUGACAAAGAAAGCUCAGCUGGUCCUCCUGCUGACGGAUUAUGCCUGCGUUCCUUCAGUUCCGAUAGGUCCAACACGCUAAACCGGAGCUCCUUCACAAGGGACAGCAUGAUGAUCGAGGAGAUGCUGGCCCCCCAAAAGGAAAAGCAUCUUUUAGUGGCUAAGGAUGCCGACGGUGACUCUCUAAAGAGAUACAGCUGGACGCCAGACGCCCUGGAUAAUGUCAACCUGGUUUCUUCGCCUAUACACUCCGGUUUUUCCUCUCUGCUUCCACAAUACGACAGCAGGUGACUGACUAUGAUUGGCUGACCUCUUCUUAUCACGAGCUUGUUUCUGGUGAAAUCGUUCCCCCACACCUUAAGUUCACCACUAAUGUCCAUGUUUGCUCCCCUCAC